UACGGCAAUUACGGCAGAGACAACACAACCAUUCAUGCUGAUCGUUGUUAGUUAGUUAGCGGAAGACCUUCGAGGUUUGGAGAGCUGCACACGAAACCGGCUACAGAGAAGCGAAUCAGCGAAUGGAACAUGGAGUGUAUUCCAGUAACUAUUGAUGAUCUUGAGAGCAAGAAGGACCCAGUCAUUGAAGAUCCAGAACACAAUGUUUACACCAGGUUUAUGAAGUCCCAUCGUUGUUAUGACCUUGUGCCCACCAGCUCCAAAUUAGUUGUGUUUGAUACAUCACUUCAGGUGAAAAAGGCCUUUUUUGCUCUUGUUUCUAACGGGGUGCGAGCUGCGCCUUUAUGGGAUAGCAAGAAGCAGUGUUUCGUUGGUAUGCUAACCAUCACAGACUUCAUUAACAUUCUUCAUCGCUAUUACAAAUCUCCAUUGGUUCAGAUAUAUGAGUUGGAAGAGCACAAAAUUGAAACCUGGAGAGAGGUGUAUCUUCAAGACUCUUUCAAGCCCCUGGUUAGCAUAUCUCCUAAUGCAAGUUUGUACGAUGCUGUGUCAUCUCUGCUGAAGAACAAGAUUCACAGAUUGCCUGUAAUUGACCCGCUGACGGGGAACACGCUCUAUAUUCUCACACACAAGAGGAUUCUCAAGUUCUUGAAGCUUUUUAUAGCAGAGAUGCCAAAACCCUCGUUCUUGAGGCAAACUUUAGAAGAACUGAAUAUCGGGACUUUCAAGAACAUAGCAGUGGUCCGUGCAGACACACCGCUCUACACAGCUCUGGGUAUUUUUGUUGAGCAGAGAGUGUCAGCGCUCCCUGUUGUUGAUGACAAAGGUCGAGUGGUGGACAUUUACUCAAAAUUUGAUGUUAUAAAUCUAGCAGCAGAGAAGACGUACAACAACCUGGAUGUGACGGUGACCAAAGCCUUGCAGCAUCGCUCACAGUACUUUGAAGGAGUGCUGACAUGCAACAGGCAUGACACCCUCGAGGCCAUUAUCAACAGACUGGUGGAGGCUGAGGUGCACAGGCUGGUGGUAGUGGAUGAGCACGAGGUGGUGAAGGGAAUCGUCUCCCUUUCGGAUAUCCUCCAAGCCUUAGUGCUUACAGAUAGAGAAUAGAGGACAAAUUGGAAAAGUUACUCAAAAAAUGAAAGGCUGCACAUUUUAAAGGUGACACCAGAGCAUAGGAGAGGAGAUAACCAAGCCUGUAAGAGGGGAAUUAUGACAGCAAAUGGAAGUUCUAUCAAUAAUUUUUGUUUGUUUUGUUUUUUUUGUAAUUUACCCAUGAAUAAUUCUAUUUGUCUACAGAAACCAAAAUAUUGUGAAUUUUAAACUAUAUAAAAUAUUUUUUUGGUUCUACAGCUUAUACAGAACCUCCUGUAAAUUGAGCCAAAUUUUGAGUCACUGGAAAACAGCCACUCAGUACCUUUCAGUUAAGAAUGAACCAUUAUUUGGCCUGAUAAGUUUCCCCCAAAACACCUGAAUGAGGUUUCUGUAAAGAAUCCAAGGCCUCAGAGUUCAAUCUGUUGUGUAGCCAGACAGCCACGAAGCAAACCUGGAAGAGCACUUAGAGUGAAGUCUAAAAUGAAUUUGCUGUUGAAGACAACCAUUAACUGUGCUGUAUCCUCUUUGAGUGCUUGUCUCCGGAUAUUUAUAGGUGUUAUAUUUUGCCAUUUUAGUGUGUUGUCUUAUAACUGCAUGUGUAAUGGAUUCUAUACUUUACUCAAGAGACCCCCCCCCCCCCACACACACACCGGUGUCAUUAUUAGUCGUAAAGGGAUCUGCUUAUGGCUUCAGUGCUCCAAAAUCUCAUUCUGUUAAAAAAACAGUCCUACUUUGUUAAUUUGACCAUUACUUUCAGUUAUUCUACUUUUGUUUUCUUUGUUCUGUGUUGUGUUGAUGUGAUUUAUUUACUGUGUCAGAACAUCGGCUGUUAUAGGUUUAUGUAGUUUUUAUGGGGUUUUUUGCGUUUAGAGGACUGACUUUAUCAAAAUCACUACAUACCAGCGUUUUCUAUUUUCUAAAGAAGAUAAAGUGAGGAACAUGUCACACUUCCUGUUUUAGGAUAUGUGAAAUGGAUUGUGUACAACUAUGUAACUGCACAGUUUUUGUACUAAUCUACAGUGAUAUUAUAAUUUAAACAAUGAGCAAUAAAGGUUCUUUAAGAGUG